UCCCUUGGACACGCAAUAUAUUUUAUUACUUUUAUAAAUUGUAGUUCCUUCUACAUGCCAUGAUUAAUCUUGUAUUCCAUGCGAAAUGUUUAUAUUUCCAACUUGAAAAGUGUCAACCUAAAAGUCGCAUUUCUAGUGGCUUUUUUUGAAUAAAAGGUUUGGUGCUUUUAUUCAUUGAAAGCCAAAUAAAAUAGCUCACACCUGCUGUUCUUUUGGUCGCUAUAACUCAUUCAUUGAAGACUUUAGAUUAAAUAUGUGGCGUUCUACGGGCUUAACUUCUUCAAAAGACUAUAAGAAUCGUGACGACAUCAAAUACAGGCAUUCACCACCACACGGAGGAGGGGUACAAAUCUCCAAUCGUCUCCUGCAAAUCAUAGUUGGGUGUCUUGUCUUUGGUGUUUUGCUUCUGUUUAUCAAURUGCUACAGCUUAGAAAUCUAAAUCAUAGGAGUUUUGACGAUGGUGCUGCGGUGCAAAAACCAUUGGCCUUAAUUUGUGGUAAAGAUAUUCAUACAGGAUACCUUAACCAUGUUUUUAAUGUCUUCCGACAAGUUGGUUAUGUAACCACAGAGACAGUCAACAACCAAUGGGAUGUGUUGUGGUCUCAUGAGUAUCCCUUUACAUUAGACGAAUUGAAAGAUCAACUUCACCAGCUUCAGGCCUACCAAAAGGUGAAUCAUUUCCCAGGAUCUGGAUUUAUCUGUAACAAAGCUAGUCUGGCUGUCUCUCGUUUUCCAUUUCACCCUGUGGCUUUUGAGAUUCCCAAGAGCAAAGAUAAGUUUCUAAAGGAGGUGAAGACGUUUCCUCAUAAACUGUGGGUGGAGAAAAGUAACGGCCACAGGGGAAUCAGGAUUAAAUCACCAUCAGAAAUUAAAUUGGACGGUACAUCUAGUGAUACAUUUGUAGAGGAGUUUAUUUCUAAUCCAUACCUUAUUGAUGGAAGAAAGUUUGACAUUGGUAUCUAUGUUGUUUUAACUUCCAUCAACCCGCUCAGGGUCUACAUCUUUGAAGAUGAAGUAUUAAUCAGGUUUUGUGUCAAAGAUUAUCUACCCCUCGACGUUAAAGACGAGAAGCAGUAUGUGGUUGGUGACGAGUACACACAACCCUGGGAGUUGCCGUCCCUCGCAGCCCUCUGGAAACAUGGCAAGUUUUCUCGUAAGCAUACGAUACUAACUCACUUGAAGAAAGAAGGUAAAGAUGCUGAUAAAGUUUGGCGGGAUAUGCAUGAUGCUAUCAAAGAGGUUUACGUCAAGAAAGAAGUUGAUCUGAUCUCCUCCUCUUCAACUUAUGGUAGUUCAAGGAACUUCUUUGAAUUGGUUCGUUUUGAUUUUAUUCUGGAUGAAAAUAUGAACGUCUGGUUAAUGGAGGUUAACAUGUCACCCAAUCUGUCUUCUGGCUCUCAUUCUGACAACGCUCUUAUGUAUGAACAGGUCAUAUUUAAUCUUUUUGGACUAGUUGGAGUGAGCAACAGAUUAGCACACAGUACCAGAUCCAGUCCAGAGAGUGAGAAAGAUAUGAUGGUAGCUGAUUACAACAUCGUUACCUCACACGACGCGUGCGCGAGUAAAGAGUGUAAAAUGUCUUGUAUACAUAAGUCAUGCCAGACUUGUCAUCAGUGCCUGACUGUAGAACAGCGGUCUUUCCUCAAAGCGGCUUAUUAUGAACACGUCAACAGAGGAGGCUAUCGCCGCGUGUUCCCGCCACCAACGAACAAAGAAGAAACUCGUAGCCAAAACUCCGACCAUCUAAGUUCGUCAAAUCAACUAAUGGAUCUCUGGUUCAAACAAAAAUGUCUACAGCAUUCUUCGUGGUGUCAAUAACUGGUAUUCCUGUGGUCAAUGGAGACACAGGGAUCCCACUUUUAAAAUUCUCAUAAGUACAUAGAUAUCGCGUAGUUCGAAUUUUUUCAAUUUUGCAUAAUUCUUAAAUAUUUAUCUAUUUAAUUUUCUUAAUAUUUCAUAAUAUUUAAUUUCGAGCGAGAUAAAAUACUCAAAAUAUGUACAAUUAGAGUAAAAUAUGAAUAUAGGCAGAUUGCAGUUAUUUUCAUCAACUCAAUCUGCCAGUAUUCAUUUUUUAACUAAUUGUAAUAAAUUYAUUAAAGUUCAUAACAACAAAUAACAAGACCUAUGAAUAGCAUUUUUUCUAAAUAAAUACGAACGCAUAGAACACAUAUACAGCUAUUUCGAAA